AUGGGGAGCCACAGCCCCCAGGGACCCUGCUUCCUGCUCUUCCUGCUGCUGCUGCUGCUUCCUCUGCCAGCUUUUAGAGCAGGAAGGCUUCAGUACCAUGGACCUGGCUGGAGAAUCUUCCACCGCCUGGCCCUGGGCUCCAGGAGGGCCCAUCACCGCAGCGGCCUCGGCGGCGGGCCGCACUGGCGCCAGGGGCAAGAGGGAAAGGGUCACAAAUGCACGGGUUCAUUUGACCUCUACUUCAUCUUGGACAAGUCUGGCAGCGUGAACAACAACUGGGUUGACCUUUAUUUGUGGGUGGAGGAAACAGUGAAGAGGUUCCAAAGCCCAAAAAUACGGAUGUCUUUUGUCACCUACUCCACAGACGGAGACACUGUCUUGGCACUCACCUCAGAAAGCAAGAGAAUAAAGGAGGGUCUUCAGAGGCUUGAGAAAAUUGUUCCUUAUGGAGACACAUUUAUGCAGGCAGGAUUUAGAAAGGUAAUUCGGCAGAUGGAAAUGAACAACUACGGAAACAACAAAGCUACCAGCAUGAUUAUUGCUAUGACUGAUGGAGAACUCGUGACAUUUGCAUAUCGGGACACUCUCAUAGAAGCUGAAAAGGCUCGGAAACUGGGUGCCAACAUCUACACCGUGGGUGUGGCUGAUUAUAGUCUGGACCAGAUAACAGCAAUUGCAGACAGCCCUGACAACGUGUUUGCGGUCGAUAAUGGCUUCAAGGCCCUGAAAGACACCAUUGAUUCCCUCACGUCAAAGGUCUGUAUUGACGUGACAUCGGUGGAGCCUCCCACUGCAUGUGUAGGAGAACCGUAUGAAGUGCUUAUUCAUGGAAAUGGCUUUCAGAAUCUAAAGAAACCAAAAGAAGUUAUUUGCAGAUUUAUCUUCACCCAAAGCAAAGUCGUUGGUGAGUUGUCUCCUUGGCAGGCUCUAUGGGGGCUGGAUUUUGGUCACUUGAUGCCAAGAGCAAUCAGAUGCCCACCUGUGGCCCACUCUCGUGCCCCUGUGGCAGACAUGUAUGAGGGCUCCUGUCCCUUGCACCACCAGGGCAAUCUGGAUACCUUUGGUGACCUCUGUCACCCAGACUGCAGCCAGAUGCCAUGGAUGUGGUGUCAGCACAGGGACCAGGAGGACAGUGGUGGGCGGAAUACACCACUGAGCCUUCUUGGGCCCCAAAGAAAGGUGGAGAAAUCAUUCCUGUGCUUCCAGGUGGAGCUCUGGGCCAAGCCCAUAGACUCUCUUGUCGUUCUUGCUCUGGGUAUGGCCUUGAGCUCGGUGUGUGACCUGGGGCAGGCAGGCAGCCAGGAAUGCCUCGCCCUCAAACAGGCUCCCUGCUGCCCAAGGAUGUGCCUGAGACAUGGCCGGGAGUACUUUUCCCAAGCACAAACUCUGUUCAAACCAAAGAGCUGCCUUCCCCCCAGCCGGAAGUGCCUCCCCCUCACUCGCUCCUCCAGGUGUGGCCACCUCCCUGCUAGGUGCUCCAGGCCUCCCUCCAGGAUGCUGCCACUGCUCCCCCCACUGUUCGGGCACACUGCACAACCCCCUUUGUCUCUCCCUCCCUCAGAGCGCAACUUCUAAGGCACCAAAUACCCAAGAUUAAUAAGCCUUUGUUGCUGAACUGGAAAUAUACAUGGAGUCUUCAUUUGUCAGUCAAAGGAGUUGAAUUCUUGCUGAUC